GGCGCGGGGCUAGCUGGGGCCGAGCCAGGGCUGAGCGGCUGGAGCAGACUCGGGCGCUCCCAAAGGCGGGAACCCUGGGCUCUCGGCGUCAGGAGCAGAAGUUCGGGCGGCUCGGGCCGGUGGGCAGGGACUGGAAAGGCCGCGAAGCCCGGCGGGGUCGAGGUGCGGAGUUUGCUGGUCCGAGGCUCCUCGCAAGAUGAGGAAUCAGAGGCUCAGAGACGUGAAGUGACCUCCCCAAGGCUGCACAGCUCGUUAGUGGCUGAGACUGUACUGCAGACCUGGAGUGUCCGGUUCCAAGUCAGUGCCAAGUGCAGUUACAGAGAACAGCAGGAGGGAAGAGCCUGUCAACAGGCCACUAGAGGUGCCAGCUGUUUGGAACUGAAACAGGACAGAAGGGGAAGCGGAGAGUGAGGGCCAGGCCCCUUGGGGGCUGAUGGCCAGAGGACUGCUGAAUCUGUACUGGGUGCUCCGCUGGCUCUGUGUGCUGCUGAUGGUGGAGACAGUGUCGGGGGCCGGGGGCCCAUCUGCAGGGACCCGCAUUAGCUCCCAGUUUCCAGCCUCGGGUGUGAACCAGAGCCCCGUGGUAGACGUGAGUGUCCAGUGUCGAGAAGUGUGUGGCCUGAAUGCCUCUAACCGCUGUGACUUCGUCCGCUCCAACCCUGACUGCCGCAGUGAAGGGGGAUACCUGGACUACCUCGAAGGCAUCUUCUGCUACUUCCCACCCGACCUCCUCCCUCUGGCCGUCACUCUCUACGCUUUUUGGCUGCUCUACCUGUUUCUGAUUCUGGGAGUCACCGCAGCAAAGUUUUUCUGCCCUAACUUGUCAGCCAUUUCGACCACACUCAAGCUUUCCCACAAUGUGGCAGGCGUCACCUUCCUGGCGUUUGGGAACGGGGCACCGGAUAUCUUCAGCGCCCUGGUGGCCUUCUCAGGUCCGCGCACAGCCGGCCUGGCCUUUGGGGCACUGUUUGGCGCAGGCUUGCUGGUUACCACCGUGGUGGCCGGUGGCAUCGCCAUCCUGCACCCCUUCACAGCAGCCUCGAGGCCCUUCCUCAGGGACAUCAUUUUCUACAUGGUGGCCGUGUUCCUGAUCUUCAUCGCACUCUACCGCGGCAGGGUCACGCUGGCAUGGGCCCUGGGUUACCUGGGCUUCUACGUGUUCUACGUGGUCACUGUGGUUCUCUGCACCUGGAUCUACCAGUGGCAGUGGAGGAGAUCCUUGGUCUACUCCGUGCCAGGUACUCCAGAGAUGCUCUCAGGUUCCGAGGAGGAUCGGGUAUCUUCUAAUACCAACAGCUAUGACUACGGUGAGGAGUACCGGCCGCUGCUCUUCUACCAGGAGACCACGGCUCAGAUCCUGUUGCAGGCCCUCAACCCCCUGAAUUACAGGAAGUGGAGGACCGAGUCGGUGUACUGGAGGGCCCUCAAGGUGUUCAAGCUGCCCGUGGAGUUCCUGCUGCUGCUCACCGUUCCCGUCAUGGACCCCGACAAGGAAGAUGGGAACUGGAAACGGCCCCUCAACUGCCUGCACCUGGUCAUCAGCCCCCUGUUCUUGGUCCUGACCCUGCAGUCAGGGGCCUAUGGCGUCUAUGAGAUAGGUGGCCUCUUUCCCGUCUGGGCCGUGGUGGUGAUCGCAGGCACAGCCUUGGCUGCAGUGACCUUUUUUGCCACAUCCAACAGUCAGCCCCCCAGGCUUCACUGGCUCUUUGCUUUCCUGGGCUUCCUGACCAGCGCCCUGUGGAUCAACGCAGCUGCCACAGAGGUGGUGAACAUCUUACGGUCCCUGGGUGUGGUCUUCCGGCUGAGCAACACUGUCCUCGGGCUCACGCUGCUGGCCUGGGGGAACAGCAUUGGAGAUGUCUUCUCAGAUUUGACGCUGGCCCGCCAGGGCUACCCACGGAUGGCGUUCUCGGCCUGUUUUGGUGGCAUCAUCUUCAAUAUCCUGGUGGGCGUGGGGCUGGGCUGCCUGCUCCAGAUCUCCAGGGGCCACGUGGAGGUGGAGCUGGAGCCGGAUGGACUGUUGGUGUGGGUCUUGGCUGGCACCCUAGGCCUCAGCCUCGUCUGUUCCCUGGUCUCGGUCCCACUGCAAUGCUUCCAGCUGAACAGAGUUUACGGCUGCUGCCUGCUCCUCUUGUACUUGACCUUCCUCCUGGUGGCCCUGCUCACUGAAUUUGGAGUGAUUCACUUGAAAACUGUGUGACUGAAGCUGUGUCGGGGUCCACCUGGUGGUCGGGAGGUGUCGCUGCAGGCGGUGAGAUGGAGGAUGAAGUGCCUUCAUUAGAACCCGCUCAGGCGAGCGUGGCCGAGGCCGAGACCGUGAACGGGGUGUGGGCUCGUGGGGCUGUGCUCUCUGCCGAAGCUCCCCAGUCGCCGCUGUGUGCAGUAAGGACAGCUAAACCUUGUUUCUGGGGCUGCGGAGGCUGGGCUUCCCUGUGGACAGAGUUCCAGGCAGCAGGUAGAAGACUUCCUUGUGUUAUCUCCAGAGCCUCUUGAAAGUUGGGGUCUGGGGCGAAGGGGAUGCCUGGGUGCCUUCCAGGCUGGAAGACCCCCGAGUUCAGGGCUGGAGACAGUUGUGGCGGCCCAGGCCCCUCCCCACAGUCACGCCCUGUUGCCUUUCCUGCUUCUCUCAGGGCUGCCAAACCCGGGUUUAGGGAGUCAGGGCGACUCGGACCUGGCAGAUAGAACAGCUUGUGUGCUGUGGGCCUCGGGCCGAUGCAGGCUGAGUUCUAGAGCUGCGCUGUCCAACAGAAAUAGAAUGUGAGACACAUACCUAAUUUUGAAUCUUCUAGUCGCCACGUUAAUAAAGCCAAAAGAACAAAGUGAAAUUAAUGAUAAUAUAUACCACUGCAAAAUAGCAGCCAGUGGCACUGGCCCAUUAGUGGCUGCCAUAUUGGACGGCACAGCUCUAGACUCUGCCUCUAGAACUGUCUGCUGGAUUCAGAGGUUUCCCCAGCUGCAAAACAGGAGUCAGUAUGACUGUGCCCUGUGCCUACCUCAGGGGGAGCCCUGGGCUGGGGUUGCUUUGCCUGCGAGCUCCUGGGAGGGUGAUGAGCGCUCCCGGGCGCCUUCCGGCUGUCGGCCGGCGACCCGCCUUUUCAAUAAGCAGCUCUUCCGUUUGCUCAGUGCCUUAUACCGGCAGUAAAGGGACUCAGUUGUCUUUUUUUUCCAAUGAAAAAAUUAUUAAAUAUUUCAAGUAUACAGAAAAUAACAUACAGCCGGCUGUUACUAGUUCUUCUUAACCUGGGUCAGGUUGACAAGUGGUCAGUUCCAGGGCCGAAGGCGCUUGGGCCUGACGGAUCUGGACUUCGUGGCACGUCUAGGGGUGGGGCUGAGGUAGGGUCAGCAACGGGCAUGGAUGGGUCCUCUCCCUGUUCCCCACGAUCUCAGAAGCCACCGAAUGGUGCCUGGUGGAAGUCACGAGGCAGCAACCACGUGUACAAAGCAGAGGCUCUUUUAUUAAUACGCCAGAAGUCCGGAGACGCGGUG